AUGGGAAAGAAAAUCCAGUACGCGGUGGUGGCGCGGGGCGCCGUGGUGCUGGCGGAGCACGGCGCGGGGGGCACCACCACCAACGCGGGCGCCGUCGCGCGGCAGAUCCUCGAGCGCCUCCACGCCGCCGGCGGAGGUGCCGCCGCCGACUGCCGCGUCUCCUACACCCAGGGCCUCUACGUCUUCCACGUCAUGCGCGCCGACGGCCUCACCGCGCUCUGCAUGACCGACGACGACGCCACCGCCGCGUCAGGACGACGGAUUCCCUUCGCGUUUCUUGAAGACAUCCAUGGAAAGUUUGUCAAGACGUAUGGUCGUGCAGCUCUCACGGCUCUUGCUUACGCGAUGAACGACGAGUUCUCGAGGGUUUUGAGCAAGCAAAUGGACUACUAUUCAAACGACCCCAACGCCGAUUGCAUAACCCGCAUGAAGGGUGAAAUGGAUCAGGUGAGGAGUAUUAUGAUUGAUAACAUCGACAAGGUGCUCGAGAGAGGCGAUCGUCUGGAGAUGUUAGUCGACAAGACCACAACUAUGCAAGGAAACACGAUGCGGUUCAAGCGGCAAGCUCGCCGUUUCAGGAACACUGUGUGGUGGAGAAAUGUGAAGCUCACAGCCGCGGUGAUCCUCAUCCUACUGGCGAUCAUAUACAUUGUGCUGGCCUACAUGUGCCACGGCUUCACCCUGCCCUCCUGCGUCCGCUAA